CGGCCGCCGCCGCCCGCCUCACUGCCGGAGACCGCCCGCCUCGCUGCCGUAGAUCCCCCCGUGGUCGUACCGCCCUCUGCCGGACACCCCCACCGCCCGCGGCCGUCGCCCCCCAUCCGUUGCCCCUACCCUGCGGAGGAGGAUCAGAGAAGUAGUGAGGUGUGAAGUUAGUAUACGAGAUAUAGGUGCUCCACACCAUGUGUAUUGUUGCGUAAACCUUCUCUGAUCACUUGAAGAUGGGGAAGAAAAAUCCAAAUGCACGUCGGUUUGCCUCAAGCGAACGUGCCCCGUCACUGGAUGUAACAAACUCACCUCUAAAUGCAAAUGCAGAGAGUAGUUCUGCUGCUCGACAGAAAGGUAACCAAUCAUGGUACAUCAGAUUGUCUGAUGAAAAGAAAGCAGAGCUCCUCGAGAAGCGUCGUGUCGCCCGGCGUGAGAAGAAGACUGCAGCCGUACAAAGUGUAAACCAUGCCCGGGUAUCACAAGAACAUGCUUCUUCUGUGGGGUCUGAGCAAUUUGUCCCUUUGAGCAACAUCACCAACACACAUAUAGAUGUUGCAGUAUGUACGGCGGCAAGCUCCGCGGGUACUGCUCAUCUUCACCAAAACAAUAUUGCAGGCAAAAAAAGAAGUCCACAAAGUUGGUAUGCUGGACUAUCCGACGAGCGGCGAGCUGAGUACAUACACAAACAGAAGAUGGCCCGACUCGCAAGGAAAGCAGCAACUGCCGGGGUGAAUGUCCAAUUGCCUACAUCAUCUGCCUCGCAAACUUCAUCUGGUCCUUCUGUGUGUCGCUGCUGUCAGUAUCGGGCUUACUGCUUGGAGAACAGGAGGAGCGUCAGGGCUCUUUGCUGCAUCUGUGGGGGUACUGGCCAGAAGUUAUUGUUAUCCAUGUAUCACACAAGCUGAGGUGGUCACCUUUGAUCUAAUACCCGCGAGUCUUCUAUAUUGUCUUCAUCCUAUUCGUGCUAAAACAUACUCAGGGGCGAUCGCCCACCUGAACGAUUAAAUGGAUCAAUAUUCUGGACAUUACAAGCUGGGCCAGAGUGGGCCAUAUGGAGGUACAUCAAACAUAGGAAGGGUGGACAGGAGCAGGCACAAAAGGACCUACACCAAUGUACAAGGGGAUCAUGAUCUAGGAGAAGCGAGGCCUGGACGACAGGUGGUAGAGCAGCUUGCCUAAGAGAAGCACAAGUUACCACUACUAUUCAGCAAAUGACACAACCAGAUAUUUAUGGAUUUUCCUUAACUGUAAUGACUUCAUUUGUUCUUGAAAUGGAGAAUCUUAUGUAUGUCUCUUGUAAUUGCUGGUAAUGAGAUAUAUAAGUCUUUUCCCCUUCA